AUGAUACAUCGAUCUUCAUUGCUGAACCCAAAGAAUUUUCGAGAAAUUUGCAAAAAAUCUCGAUUUUCUUCACAUAAAACGGCCGAUCGAGGGGAUUUCGGCCGCCUCGAAGACAAAGAUUUGUCAGCUUUUGAAAGGAUAUGUGGCUCAAAUAAUGUGCUAAAAGAUGAUUUGGACCCGUACAACAUCGAUUUUGUGAAGUGGUAUAAAGGUUAUUUUUUUUUUAUUUUUAUUUUUUAGUAUUUUUUUAUAAUUAAUUUUGAAUAUUUUAGGUAAAUCCAGUUGUGUGUUGACCCCCGAAUCCAGUGAGCAGAUCUCGGCACUACUCCGGCAUUGCCACGACCGAAAAUUGGCUAUUUGCCCUCAGGCGGGGAACACUGGUUUGGUCGGAGGGAGUGUCCCAGUGCAUGAUGAAGUGAUAAUUUCAAUCAAAAAGCUGAGAACCCACUAUAAUUUGGACCAGAAUUCAGGUAGGCCAAUUUUCAAACCCACCCACUUUUAGUAUAGUGGUUGUGAUUUGAAAUCCCACUCGAAAAGUCGCAGGUUCGAAUCUCACUUGGAUUUUUUGUUCAAAAAAUUGUUUGAAAUCGUCUUUUUAGGGAUCCUUGAAUGCGACGCCGGUUUUGUUCUUCAAGAAUUGGACGAGAAACUGGCCCAGGAUGGAUUUAUGAUGCCAAUUGAUUUGGGUGCGAAGGGAAGUUGUCUUAUUGGCGGAAACAUCGCGACAAACGCCGGAGGUGUUCGACUGGUCCGUUAUGGAAGUUUGAAUGCAAAUGUGCUUUCAUUACAAGUGGUAAGGGAUGAGUUUUGGGUGUUUGGGUUGUCAUCAUGACAAGUUUUUUUUAAUUUUUUUAUCGCUAUGAUGAUUUUUUUGGAUUACAAAUGCGAUUAAAAAGUCCAUCAAACCUAAAAAACAGUAUCUUUAGUGUUUUCCUGCUUUAUAAUUAAAAAAUUUUUUUUUUAUUUUUGUGGAAUUUUGCAAUUUUUUGUUCAAAUUUUGAUUAAAUUUUUAUUCCAGGCCAUCCCCGACGCCCAAGGCACUCUCCUUCAACUCGGCGCACCCCUCCGAAAAGACAACUCCGACCUCAAGCUGCAACAACUCUUCAUCGGCUCGGAAGGACAGCUCGGCCUGAUCACGAGAUGCGCAAUCCUCGUCCCGCCGAAGCCGAAAAGCGUUCAGCUUGCGUUCUUGGGCACAAAAUCCUUUGCCGAUUGUUGUGCAGUUCUGCGAGCGUGCAAGAAAAUGUUGGGCGAGAUUUUGUCCAGCUUCGAAUUGAUGGAUUCGGAAUCGAUGAGAUGUGUUCAAGAGAACGUGGCUUUGGAGUCGGUUUUGGAUUCGAAGCCGGCAUUCAAUUUGCUGAUUGAGACGUCAGGUAGGGGUCUGAAAUUUUUGGAUGACGGGUUUUUGGAAAUUAUGUCAUAAUGACAUAUUUUUGGAAAUUUUGUCAUAAUGACAUAUUUUUUGGAAAUCCUGUGAUGAUGACAUGUUUUUUUUGGAAAUUUUGUCAUCAUGACGUUUUUUUUUGGAAAUUCUGUCAUCAUGACAUAUUUUUUGGAAAUUGAGAAAAAAAUUUUGAAAUAAAAAAUCCUUUUUAGGCUCCAACCCCGACCAUGACGCGGAGAAGAUGGAAAAUUUGCUUUCACAUUGCAUGGACACGGGCUUGGCCACGGACGGAGUGAUGGCCCAGUCCGGAAAAGACUCGGAACUUUUUUGGAAAAUCCGCGAAAACGCUUCGCUGGCUCUGAACUUGGAUGGGUAUGUGUAUAAACACGACGUGUCAUUACCUCUGGCGCACUUCUACGAACUCAGUGAAGUGAUCCGAGACCGAUUGAAGGGAAGCAAAGCCAAAAGAGUUGUGACUUUUGGGCAUUUGGGCGAUGGAAAUUCCCAUUUGAAUGUAACGGCGGAGCAAUUCGAUCAAGAAGUUUAUGAUAGGUGAGUCGCGAAACUGACUCGAAAUUGCAAAAAUGUUUUUUUUUUUUUUUUUUUUUGAAAAUUGUAUCUCGACUGUUUUAAAUAUACUUGAAUUUUAGACUGUACCCAUUCAUUUACGACUGGACUGCCUCUCAUAACGGCUCGAUUUCGGCGGAACACGGAAUCGGCCGCUUGAAACGAACGCAUCAUCACAAAUUGGUCGACAAAACGAAACAAGCCAUCAAUUCGGAGAUCAAAAAGGCUUUUGAUCCGAAAGGAAUUUUGUCCCCAUACAAAAUGAUUGAUUAG